AUGAAAAGGGUUGCUGCCAAGUUUGUUCAUCGGGCUCUGACUGACUAUCAAAAAGAACACCAAGUUGAAACAUGUCAUGGUUUGAAACAACAGCUUCAAUCUGAUCCAAAUUUUCUGUCAAAGAUCAUCACUAGUGAUGAGACUUGGUGCUACGGUUAUGACCCAGAUUCGAAGCAUCUGUCAGGAACAACUUCUCCAUCAUCACUUUCAGAUAGACCUUCUAUAGAAAUAGGAGGUGCUUCUGGGGAUAAUAUUGAGGAUCCAUGUUCUUCAGGUACUUUUUCUGCAGUUGCUGUUUUGCUAACUUCAUCUGACGUUGUUUUCCGAGCAUCAUUUUCUUCACUUUUAUGGAAAAUCUCACACUUUGAUGUCUCUAAAAACUUUCCUACUUCAUCCUCCUCUUUACCAUCUAUCACCGAGAUAAUUUCAUCAGGUUCUGUAGAACAUGCAGUUGCUAUAGUUUCAGAGACGAGACCUAAUUGCUUUGAUCUUGGACUGACGUCUUCUGCUACCUUCGAAGAUCUUUCACUUAUUUCAUCAGAAAAAACUUCAGCAGAACCUGCAGGAGUUAUUUCAUAUGAUUGUACGGAAUCAUUUUCCUUGUUAGUCCUCGAGUUAUGCAGACAUUCUUCAGACGUAUAUGAGGUUGCUUUAGUUUCAGAAGAAGCAACAGAAACUUCGAUAUCUGACAAUAUGUCAGAUGAUUUUUUUAUAAUCUCAGAUAUCUCCGUCGCUACGGGUCCACUAACACUGUUAAUCGAAGAUAUGGUGCCAGCAGAGCUUUUCUUGGAUCUCUUAGCUUCUAUCACAGAAUUUUCCUCCACCUUAUUCUCGUCUUCAUCAGAUUUACUUGACUUUGAUAUUCCGAGCAUGGAGAUAUUAUCUUGGACUUUGCUAAAGCUGCUCAUGAGAUCCUUUAUGUUCUGGUCCACAACGUCUACUAUGGACUCAACUUCAAAGUCCGAAGCAUAA